UGCAGAGAUGGACAUUAUUAAUCAGCUUGUAGCAUCUGGUACAUUUCGUACCGCCAAGGAGCCUCUGGGGUUUGUGCGCCUCCUCGAAUGGAUUUUUGCAAUCUUUGCAUUUGCAACAUGUGGUGGUUACUCUGGAGCGCUGAAAGUCAGUGUGGACUGUGCGAACAAGUCAGAAAGUAACCUGAACAUUGAGAUAGGAUUCUCUUAUCCUUUCAGGUUACACCAAGUGUAUUUUGAUGCGCCCACCUGUGAAGGAAAAAAGCAGGAGAGGCUGUUUCUGAUAGGCGACUACUCUUCAUCUGCUGAGUUCUUUGUCACCAUUGCUGUCUUUGCCUUCCUCUACUCGCUCGCAGCUACAGUCGUUUAUAUCUUCUUUCAGAAUAAAUAUCGUGAAAACAAUAGGGGCCCUCUGAUUGAUUUCAUUGUGACUGUGGUCUUCUCAUUCAUGUGGCUCGUGGGAUCUUCAGCCUGGGCAAAAGGACUCUCUGAUGUCAAGGUGGCUACGGAUCCUGAUGAAGUGCUUUUGCUAAUGUCAGCGUGCAAACAGCAGGGCAAUAAAUGCUUGCCUGUCAGAGAUCCUGCAAUGUCAGGAUUAAAUACAUCUGUUGUCUUUGGAUUCCUUAACUUUAUUCUGUGGGCCGGGAAUAUUUGGUUUGUGUUCAAGGAGACUGGCUGGCACACUUCAGGUCAGCGACACUCUCAAAGCACCAUGGAAAAGCAGCCAGCACCAAGUGGCUUCAACCAGCCCUACAAUCAGCAGGCAGGCGAUCAAGAAAGCUUUGGUCAAACAGCUGGAUACAACCAACAAGGCUUUGUACAGCAGCCAGGUUAUGGGCAGCAAGCUUCCUAUGGCCAGAUUGGAGGCUACAGUCAGGGUGGUUAUGGCCAGAAUCCUCCAACUUCUUUUACCAAUCAAAUGUAACAUGUUUUAGGUCUGGUAUUUGUGCAUCUUUUAUCUGAGAUCUCCAAACAUUACGCUUUCAGUUAGAGUCAAUUCAUGAUAAGGCAUUGAGUAUUCCUGUGAAAUUGAUAAUGAGAAAUAUCAGUAGAAAGUGGCAAUGGUUUCAAUCACUUGUUAAUAAUUAUGUCCAGGUAUUCAAAUAUUAGCAUGGUGACAUAAGUAUUGAUGGUUACCAUAAGUAAAUAUCACUUUAUAAAAUACCUCCAUGGUUAGCGUCUUUUUUAUGUUGUAUUGAAAUGGUAAAACCUGUGAAAUUGUUGAAAUGCACAAAACAUGUUUUGCUUGUAUGAUGUUUGUCCUGCCAUCUGUGGUAGAUUCUGUCUGUGCAAAUAGUGUUAGAAUUCAAUUAAUCUUUUUCGAUUUUGGUGAGGAAUAAAUAAGUGGCCCUUGUGUGACUGAUAAAUAUUGCAUUGUGUGUACUUAAAAAUGGCUUGUGCAUGAUGUUGUUACAGCUUAUACACUUUGGCCUACUUUAGUGUGGUGUUACUGAAGCGUACUAAGAUCUCACCCUUUAGUUAGUAAAAUAAAAAUGUUUUUUAUGCUGUAGCUACAAGUAUUACAGUCAAAUGGAAUUUAUAUUUCUAUGUUCAUUAAAAAAAAGCAUUUUCUUUAAAAAAAGCCUUAUUUGUUAAAUGUAAAAGAUAUUUUGUUUACUUUGUAUGUGUUAUUUAUUAGUAGAGAUAUAGAUGUGAUUUUUUUUCAGCAUGCACAUGUGGGUUUGUAAUAUAUCUUUGAAUUCACUAUAGCAGUGACACACUGCAUUGGAUAACCCUGAAGUACUGAAAAGAUCUUUACUAUAGAAAACAUUUAACUUUUUAUGAACGUGAAAACAACCAGCUUCUACAACUUGCCACAGCUAUUUCUGCCUGUUAUUCCUUGGUACAAUAAGUUAUGUACCUGCCUGCAGUGUAGUCUCACUGUGUUGUCACACUAAUGAAAUAGUUGUAGAAAUACUGAAUCUGUAUCUGUAUAAAAUAGUUAAUAUAUGAUGCUUGAUCUUUUGGCGUAAGAUGUAGUUAUCAAAGCACAAAGCAACAAUAACUCCCCCCCCCCACCCCGUCUGUUUAAAUACUGUG